GUGUAUUCGACGGAUGACGCUCUCGUGGGAGUUGUUGGUCUCCUGCCUCCCGUCUCCUCCUACGAUACACGCUGCUGGUAACAAAGGAGACAACAGCGUCGGGAUGGUGUGUGUGUGUGUUCGCGUGUGUGUGUGUGUCAGAGAAUCGAGAAGAACCGGAGCCCUCGCCUCUUUCUCUCUGCGGGACGAGUUACGUUCAAAGUAACGUUGCAUUAACGUCGCUGCUUUCGUUUUUUUAAUUUUUUUUUCUUCGUUUUUUAUCUUUUUAUCUUUUCGCCAAAGCCAAGCAUGUUGGACUGACAACACCAGAGCCGAAUAACCGACGUGGAAGUACCGGACAUGCCCGAACAACAUUGGUGACGAUGCCACGCUCACAGUGACCUCUGCCCCUGAAAGCCUGACCCCCCCCUGGGAGUCAAAACGCAUCGUAAGAAGAAGCCUGCGGCCGCCAUGUCUGUCCAGGAGACGCCGCGGGCGUCCACGUCUCCGGGCCCCCUCAAACCGGAGAUCCCUCAAAAACCGUCCCCGAGAACCGUCCCCUCUCCCCCGGGGGGAGACGGCGGGAAGGUGAAGAUGAUCGUGAAGAAGUUCAGCAAAACGGACCUGAGAGAAGCACCGGGGCAGCGGCCCGCCGCCAAUGGCGCGGCGGAGGCGUCGCAGAUAAAGCGCUCCGGGAGGCCGCCCACGGUAAAGCCCAAGCCGAGGCUGCCGCUCGGGGGGGCGACGGCGCCCCCGCUGCCCGCGAAGAGGAGGCGGACCGGACAGAGGCAGGCGAAGGAGGAGGGGGGAGACGAGGGUGACGGCAACCAGGUGGAAGGAGGUCGUUCAGCGCCUGACGGAAAAGAAGUGGAGGUGCGGCUAGUCGGAGGCGGCGAGGCGGAGGCGGAGCACACUCACACUCCCCUCAGUCCGUGCUGCGACCCGGGCUGCAGCUGCGUGUGCCACCUCCAGCAGCCUGGGAUGAUACUGAUAUGGGUGCCCGUGGACACGAAUGGUGGCGAGGAGGAGCAGGAGGAGGAGGAGGAGGAGGAGGAGGAGCAGGAGGAGCAGGAGGAGGAGGAGGAGGAGGAGGGAGGAGACGAGGGUGAGCCCUGUGCGAUAGAGAUCAGUGUGGAGGACGAGGAGCUCUCAAAGGAGGACGGCGAGGUAACGGCGGGGGGCGGCGAGGACAGCAAGCCGGAGUACGAGCUGGUCGACCAGCGGGAAGAGUGGAAACAAAAAAAGGAAAAGUUCCACCAGGCCUUGGACGUUGUGAUCGGCGACGGCGCCAGGCGGCUCUCGGACCCGGGCCCCCGCGCCAUCCUCGCCGCUCUCAACGCCGGCCGCUCUCAGUCCCCCCCUGUUCCGCCGAAGCGGAACCGGUCGGCCCAAGUCCACCGCCGGCCCACGCAGAACAACGAGGAGAAAUUCAACCAGGACAACAUCUACGAGGCCACGCUGCCGGCAGCCUACCCCGCUGCCAGCAAGACCGCCACGGCGGGCAAGGAGCAGGAUGUUCCACUCAUCAGGCCGUGCCAGUCGGGGGCGGAAGUCGCCCCGAGCGCGGGCGACGUGCCGCCCGCCGUCCCGCCGAGGAUGCCCAUCAUGCACACGACUCCCAUGGUGGCCAUGAUGCCCGUGCACCGGGGCGUCCUGCUGCCCCAGCCCACGCCGGAGGAGCGGCGCAACCUGCGGCCCUUGUCCUCCAGCAGCAGCUCGACCAGCGGGCCGGGCCCCCAGACGACCCCCCCGCCUUUGCUGCCCAAGACGGAUCCCGGGAGGCUCAGCAGUGUCUCCAUGCAGGCGCUCACGCGGAUCAAAGAGGGAGAAGCGAAUGAAGGGGAUAAGACGGAUGGAGGCGUAGAACCGCGUCCAGUCAGGAGCGGCUCCCUCAGGAAGAUGACUUCGUUCAGCUGGGAGUCCCGGCUGCAGGACGAACCUCUGUACCAGACGUACCGCGCAUCCGUCAUCACCAAGGAGAUCCGACGCCAGACGGUGUGCCGCAACGUCAGCAAAACCAGCGUGGACUACGCCAUGGACAGGGCGCCGCGUCGCUCCGGGGCAGAGAACGCCGCCUCCGCCGCCGCCGGCGGGUCACCGAAGGGCGUCGCCACCGCCGCGCCGAGCCAGUGCACCCUGUGGCAGGACCAACCGCAGGUGCUGGAGUCGGGGGUUCUGGAGAAGCUCACUCCUGAGCAGUGCAAGUACCAGGAGAGUAUGUUUGAGGUUUUGACAUCCGAGGCCUCUUACCUUCGAUCCCUGCGGGUCCUGAUCGAGCACUUCAUGAACAGCCGGGAGCUGGAGGAGACGAUGAUCAUCAGAGACAGGAAAACGCUGUUCUCCAACAUCCUGAGGAUCCGAGAGGUCAGCGAGAGGUUCUUGAAGGACCUGGAUCAACACAUAUCCCAGGAAGUGGUCUUCCAGGACAUCUGCGACAUCAUCCACUACCACGCCCAGCACAACUUCCCGGCCUACAUCGAUUACGUCCGCAACCAGAUCUACCAGGAUAAGACCUACUCCUCGCUCUUGAAGAACAACCCAUCCUUCGCCACGGUCAUCGCCCGUCUCCAGGAGUCGCCUCAGUGCCAGCGGCUUCCCUUCAUGUCCUUCCUCCUGCUGCCCUUCCAGCGCAUAACCCGCAUCAAAAUGCUCCUGGAGAACAUCCUGAGGAGAACCAAGGAGAAGACGGCUGAGGAGGAGACGGCCUCGAAGGCUUUGACUUCGGUGUCGAAGAUCAUCGACGAGUGCAACACGCAGGUGGGGAAGAUGAGACAGAUGGAGGAGCUGUACCAUGUCUCUCAAACACUGGAGUUUGACAAGCUGAAGGCCGUCCCGCUCAUCUCCCAGACGCGAUACCUGGAGAAGAAAGGGGAGCUGCAGGAAAUGUCCAAAGGAGGAACCAUCUUCAACAUGAGGCCAAAGUUCAACCCCGUCUACCUCUUCCUCUUCAAUGACCUGCUCAUCAUCGCUGCUAAGAAAGGCACGGAGCGUUUUGUGGUGCUGGACUACGCCCACCGCUCUCUGGUGCAGGUGCUUUCGGCGGUUGAAAGCGGGGUCGCCGCCGUCGGCUCCCUAGAGCACUGCUUCAACCUCACCCUGCUGGAGAACCACCAGGGACGCAUGAUGGAGAGGCUGCUCAGAGCUCCCUCCCAGUCCGACAUGCACAGAUGGAUGGCGGCUUUCCCGAACCCGACCAACCCAGACCAACAUGAAGAAGAAGUGAUUUAUGAGGACUGGGAUUGUCCUCAGGUGCAGUGCGUGGAGCAGUACGUCGCCCAGCAGGCGGACGAGCUCGCCCUGGAGCCCACUGACAUCGUCAACGUCACCCGCAAAACCGAGGGCUGUUACGAAGGCAUUCGCCUGUCAGACGGUCAGAAGGGCUGGUUCCCAGCAGCCAACGUCAUGGAGAUCACCAACGAGCACGUGAGGCGGCGAAACCUCCGGGAGCGCUACCGGGUCAUGCAGGCGGCGAGCGUGGUCGCCAGCAACAAGGCCAACACCUCGCAUUAGGACCAGAGGAUGUUUAAAUUCUUUUAUUAUUUUUUUUAAAUAGACAAAGUCUGGAUACAAACGCUUCCAAAAAAAAAAAGAAAGAUGAUCUUUGAAGUUGAAGCAACAUCACAGCAUCACCUUGUUUAUGCUGCUGGGGGACAUGCAUGUGGGCAUUUGCCUGCAUGCAUCCACACGAUAAGAGGUCUUACAGCUGAAGGAGCUACGAAACUUUUGAUCCGGAACAAGCAAUUCCAAGAAUGAUAGGCAUCUCAAACACACAAACAUCAGAUCGGCCACAGCAGAAAAGGGUUGGGUGUCCCAAAUGCCUCUUGUAACAUGAUCGUCAAAGCCAGAAUACAGGACGAACUCGUUUAGAAUCAAAGAAAUGAAUUGUGACUCAAGGGAUUUUUAACCAAUUAGGACGUGCCCUCAAAACACAGAGCACACAACGGACAGGAGCUUUGACAAUGCGAGUCCACGAGCCACUAUGGAUGAAUACUGUAGCGCCCCCUGCAGCCUGUUGUCGAUAAAGACUGGAUGUUAUUUGUGGAUCAUGUACAAUAUGUUGUAAAUAGUGAGUGAAGGGGGACUAUCUCCUUUAAAAACACUAGUAGUGAUUUUAUUAAAAAUAUGUUUUAGAUAAAGGCUCAAUGUUUGAUUUGAAUUUUAUUGAACACUGAUACA